AUAAGAUCCUUAAAAUGAUACUCACCGAAGCAAUGUACUUAUUCAGUUACUUGAGUUAUCAGUGCUAUCCAUAUCAGUUACUAAAGCACACUGCUAACUGCUUUUAGGUUGCUGUUAGAACUGGAUAAGAUUGACGCAAAUGAGGUUCAUGUAUAAAUAAAUUACUAUAAUGCAGGGGAGUUAGUCGUAUUGGUGACCCGUGUUCUAGACUGAAUUUCCUGGAAGAGCUCUCGACCUCUCGGGGGGGUUCGAAGUGCGGUUCCGGGAAUGUUUGUGUUAAAAUGUUUACAUGUUUCAUCAAAUCCACAUUUCAGUUGUCCCCAGUGUCAACUUUCGAUGUAGAAUCUGCAGUUACGUGCUGUGUGGCAAAUUUGCUACCCUGGUGAGAGCCUGAUCGCCUGUUUCAGAACUUCAGAUCAUGAACCGGCAGGGCAGUGUGCCCCUGAACGCCUGAACCGCCUUUCCCCUACCCAUGACUCCAUGACCAAUAUACCGGCCACCGCCACCUCCACCCCCGCCCCGCACUGCACCACGUGCUGCCGCACUCCGCCCCGCGCCCCCGCCGCCGUCCCCACCGACCCACUACCCUUCCGCUCCCGAUGUCCACCCCGUCGGCGCCGCCGCCCUGCCCGCACCUCGCCGCGCACCGCCUGUCCUCGCGCCCGCUACGCUUCCUCCGCCGCUGCCUCCGCGUGCGCCCGCUCGGCCGCCCCGAGAUCCGGCGGGACCCGCGCGAGCUCCCGCGCUGCUCGCCCUGCGCCGCCGCGUCCCCGUCCCCCUCCCCCCGCCUCUACGCCUGCCUCUCCUGCGCCGCCGUCUUCUGCCCCUCCCACGCGGCCUCCCACGCCUCCGCCUCCGCGGGCCCCGGCCACCAGAUCGCCGUUGACGUCGACCGCGCAGAGCUCUUCUGCGCCGCCUGCGGGGACCAGGUCUACGAUCCCGAUUUCGACCACGCCGUCUUCCUCGCCCAAUCCUCCUCGCUUCUCCCCUCCACCUCCUCGACCUCCCCCUCCCCGACCCCGCGCAAGCGCCGGCGCGUGGAUUACCGCGCAUGGGCGCCAGAUCCGGCCGAAUUCGCGCUCAUGAGCUCCGCGGACCCCACCACCUCCGCGUCCGCCGCCGCGCCGGCGGGGCUGCGCGGGCUCAACAACCUCGGCAACACCUGCUUCAUGAACUCCGUGCUCCAGGCGCUCCUCCACGCGCCCCCGCUCCGGAACUACUUCCUCGGCGAUCGGCACAACCGGUUCCUCUGCCCGCGCCGCACGCCCGUCAGACACCGUGCCGCGGAGGCCGACGCCACCAAGCUCGCGUGCCUCGCGUGCGAUCUCGACGAGAUCUACUCCGCGGCAUUCUCCGGGGAGCGCAUGCCAUACAGCCCCGCCAAGUUUCUAUAUAGUUGGUGGCAGCAUGCAUCAAACCUCGCAAGCUACGAGCAACAGGAUGCACAUGAAUUUUUUAUCUCCAUCCUUGACCAUAUCCAUGAAAAUAUAAAGGAUGAUCAGCACAAGUCACAUGCCCAAGCCCUGCAGGAGCUUUUCACCAAAAAGGGCAAACAGGAACAGAAUAGUCUUCCUGAAUUAUUAGGCCAUGGGGACUGUUGCAUUGCCCACAGAGUGUUUUCUGGUAUCCUGAGGUCAGAUGUCACCUGCACAAGCUGUGGGUUCACAUCCACAACUUUUGAGCCCUGUAUGGACAUUUCCUUGGACUUGGAUGUUGGAGAUAACACUCCUUUUGGUGUUGCAAACACAAAGCCACAUGUGCGCAAUGGGGAACGGGGCUUGGCAGGCAUGAAUUCCAAGGUAUCAACUCUAAUGAGAUGUUUGGAGAGGUUUACAAGGGCUGAGAGACUUGAUGCUGAGCAAAAGUUCUUCUGUGAACGCUGCGGUGAGAGACAAGAGUCCCUGAAGCAAAUGUCCAUUCGCAGGCUUCCAUUAGUUUCCUGCUUUCACAUAAAGAGAUUUGAGCACUCGGCGGUGAAAAAGGUGUCAAGGAAAGUUGAUCACUGUUUGCAGUUCCCCUUUUCCCUUGACAUGGCACCUUACCUAUCUUCAUCUAUUCUCAGAAGUAGAUAUGGAAACCGCAUAUUUCCAGCUGAAGCCAGUGAUGCAGAUGCUGUUUCAGAAUUGUCAUCAGAAUUUGAGAUAUUUGCAGUGAUCACACAUAGUGGUAAACUAGAAGCUGGCCAUUAUGUGACAUAUCUGAGGUUAAACAAUCACUGGUAUAAAUGUGAUGAUGCCUGGGUAACGAGAGUUGAGGAGCAUACUGUCAGAACUUCUCAGGCAUACAUGCUCUUCUAUGUGCAGAAGACGCUCUAUUACAAAGCUUGUGAAAGAGCAGCUGCAGUCUGAUCUGAAGCAAACAUUGAUGACACUACUCCACAACAUCAAUAAAAGUUGCCAUCGAAUCAGAUACACACAUUUAGUCGGCCAAGAGGAAAAAAACAUGGUAUUAGUAAAAAAAAAUGCAUGGUAUUUCGACAGCACAGCCAUCGAGACAGAUGAUGGUCAAAGUUUCAUUCUCAUUGAGCAAUAGUUCCAGUCAGAGGGAACAUUUUUUGGCGAUUUUCUUUACAGCCAGUUGCCCAAAGGGAAGAUGGCCAAAUUUUAUGCGUUGUAUUAUAAUACAUAAUCCUGAUUGGUGGAUUUUCUUGUGGUGGCUGCCACAAAACUGUAAGGGCUUCAUUAUUUGAUACCAUUGAUGGUGAGGAUGCUCAAACCAAUCGUGCUGUGGUAGGAUUGAGCAAGGAGAGGAGUGGAAACUGUAGAAACAAAACGAAAAGGGAACCGAAUUUUUGAUGCGUUCCUUUCAGUAAUUGCAUGCUGGCUCUACUGAUGGUAGAGUUUUCUUGCUGGUA